ACUCAAAAGAAACACUUCCACCACAUCUGCCUGCAUAACAAUACCAUAUUAAUAUGGGCACUAACCCUUCACCAUCUCGGGUUGCUAUUGCGCUUGAUGCCACUAAGGAUCUUAACCAACGUGAGCUUAGCGCCACCAUCUCUAAUGUUCGAGCUCGAGGCGAUAUUCUGGUGAAUGGUGAUACGCUUGUUGUACUUGGAAUUUUGGGCAAAGUGACUCUCCCCUUGGGUUAUCAAAGCAAAGCAUCGCUUCUAAGUACUUUUGAAACGAGCAUCUGUGCCAUGCAUGAAGAAAUCUCAAAGAAGGUUGAUACAUAUGUUCGUAUGCUCCACCAAAGUGCUCAAGAUUGUGAACGCCAAGGGGUAAGGGCUGAAGUUAAAAUUAUAGGUGGAGCUUCUAUUAAGGGUAUUGUUAUAAAAGAGGCAGCAUCUUGUAAGGCAGUUAUACUUGACAGGAAGCUUAGACAGGAUUUGCAGUUUUACCUUGCAAGGAGGUUGCCUCAUUUCAAGAUAGCAUUGGAUUCUCAAAGUGAAGCAGAUAUCACUGCCGUAAAAAAGCUGUUUUAUAUUUACCACAAAGCACGACCCGUACUCCAAUCCAACUUUCAAGCCAAUAGCACCAUCACCAAACGCAAUGAGGACUUGCGCAACAUCAACAUUCUUUUGGCCUAUGAAAGGAUACUGCAGAAGCGCAAAAAGGAUACUAUUCAGACAGGUUGCUUCCCCAAGAAAAAGGCUUAUAGCGAUGAGGAGUUGCUCAACGUCGUCCUUCCUUUGGCCUUUGACGAGUUAGAGAAGUUCGAACCGGAGAAAUGGAAGGAGAUAGGGUGGUUCAGGAGAAAGGUAAUUGCAUUUCGGGUGGUUUUAAAGGCGCGACGGAUGCGAAAGGAGAAGCUGAGACGUGCUUCUAAGAUGAAGUUUGCUUAA